GAGGGAGGGAGGGAGGCCGGCCCAGCGCAUUGCCGGAGCUGCGGGGCUCCUGCGCGCCCUCCCUCCGAGGCGCCGGGCCGGGCGCAGGCGGGCGGCAUGGAGAGCCUGCUGGAAAACCCGGUGCGCGCCGUGCUCUACCUCAAGGAGCUCACGGCCAUCGUGCAGAACCAGCAGAGCCUCAUCCACACCCAGCGCCAGCGCAUCGACGAGCUGGAGCGGCGCCUGGACGAGCUCAGCGCCGAGAACCGCAGCCUGUGGGAGCAGCAGCAGCUGCUGCAAGCGCAGCCUCCGCCCGGGCUCGUGCCCCCGGCGCCAGCAGCCCCGCGUCCGGCCACCCCGGGGACCCCCACCAGCCGCCCCGCCGCCGCCGCCGGCUCCCCCGGGGCCCAGGAGCAGCUUCAGCACCUUCAGAACCACGGACAGCUCCCGCCCGCGCAGCCGGAGCUUCAGCACCACGGACAGCUCCCGCCGCAGCCCCAGCAGGGCCCCAGUGGCAGGGCGCAGGCACCCCCCCAGUCGCCCCACCAGCAGCACCCCGUGGCCCCAGGGACCCCCGGAGGAGCCGACAAGGAGAAGGAGCGUCCCCAGACUUGCUGCGCCGCCGCAGGGACCCUCCUUCAGCACAAAUCGCCCGCCGCCCUCGGCAAGGGCGUCCUGAGCAGGAGACCUGAGAAUGAGACGGUGCUGCACCAGUUCUGCUGCCCAGCUGCUGACUGCUCCGACCUGGCCUCCCAAAGUGAUGGCUCCUGCGCCCAGGCCGGUGGGGGCAUGGAGGACUCCGUGGUGGCAGCGGCAGCGGUGGCGGCCGGCAGACCCAGUGCCCAUGCCCCGAAGGCUCAAGCCCAGGAGAUGCAGGAGGAGGAGGAGCGGCCAAGGGCGGGGGGUGCCUCCCCACAGGCCUGCCCCGGCCAGCAGCAGCCUGCCCUGGCGACGGCGCUCUGCUCCCACACCCCUGCCGCCUCUGAUUACCAGCUCUCCCUUGACCUAAAGAAUAAACAGAUUGAAAUGCUAGAACACAAAUACGGGGGCCACCUCGUGUCCAGGCGCGCUGCUUGCACCAUCCAAACCGCCUUCCGCCAGUACCAGCUCAGCAAGAACUUCGAGAAGAUCCGCAACUCGCUGCUGGAGAGCCGCCUGCCCAGGCGCAUCUCCCUGCGCAAGGUGCGGGCACCCACGGCCGAGAGCCUGGCAGCCGAGAGGGCACUGAUGGAGGGCUAUGGCCUGCUGGGGCUGCCCCUGGUCCGUGCGCCCUCCCUGGCACCCACCUUGGCUGGCACCCUCACCGAGCUGGAGGACUCCUUUACCGAACAGGUGCAGUCCUUGGCCAAGUCCAUCGACGAUGCGCUCAGCACGUGGAGCCUCAAGACCAUGUGUUCCCUGCAGGACAGCGGCGCCUACCAGCUCCACCAGGCCCUGUGCCCGGGCACGGGGGCCCCAGACCUGAAAGGUGACCUGCCUUUGCGGGAGCCUGAGAGUGGCCACGCCGGGCCCAGGGCUGAUGUGGUCACUGCUGGCGAGGCCCCCUGCCUGUCCCAGGGCCACAGCAGCACCCUGAUGAUGGCUUUCAGGGAUGUCACGGUGCAGAUCGCCAGCCAGAAUAUCUCUGUGUCCUCCUCCGCCGCCGCCCUGUCCCUGGCCAACUGCCUGGGCACAUCGCAGUCGCCCCAGGUGCCAGGCGAACCUGUGGCUGCUGUACGCAAAGGCCAGCAGGGCGAGGCCUCCGGGCAGGAGGUCCUGGACACGGUGGUGGCAGCUGCAGACCAGGGAGAUGCACCCCUGGAGGACACCCGCAUAGAGGCAGGGACUGGAGAGAGACUGGGUGCUGCUGACCAGGUUGGGGCCACCCAGGAGGUACUGGAGGAGGUGGAAGCCAUCGAGGCAGAGGGGGCAGAGGAGGAGGACGCAGCAGCAGCAACAGCAGCAGCAGUGGCAGGAGAGGUGGGCAAAGGGCCUGAACCUGAGGCAGGGGAGCAGCUGGGCAGCGAGCCGGCCAAGACUGCCCUGGCCUCCGAAGUGUCAGCUGCCACCUCCAAGGAGGCGCUGCAGGCCAUGAUCCUCAGUCUGCCCCGCUACCACUGCGAGAACCCUGCCAGCUGCAAGUCGCCCACGCUGUCCACUGACACGCUGCGCAAAAGGCUCUACCGCAUCGGCCUCAACCUCUUCAACAUAAACCCGGACAAGGGCAUCCAAUUCCUGAUCUCGCGUGGUUUUAUCCCUGACACCCCCAUUGGAGUGGCCCACUUCCUGCUCCAGCGGAAGGGCCUCAGCCGGCAGAUGAUUGGAGAGUUCCUGGGGAACAGCAAGAAGCAGUUCAACCGCGACGUGCUGGACUGCGUGGUGGAUGAGAUGGACUUCUCCAGCAUGGAGCUGGAUGAGGCCCUGCGCAAGUUCCAGGCUCACAUCCGCGUGCAGGGGGAGGCCCAGAAGGUGGAACGACUCAUCGAGGCCUUCAGUCAGCGCUACUGCAUGUGCAACCCCGAGGUGGUGCAACAGUUCCACAACCCUGACACCAUCUUCAUCCUCGCCUUCGCCAUCAUCCUCCUCAACACCGACAUGUACAGCCCCAACAUUAAGCCUGACCGGAAGAUGAUGCUGGAGGACUUCAUCCGGAACCUGAGAGGUGUGGAUGAUGGUGCUGACAUUCCCAGGGAGCUGGUGGUGGGCAUCUAUGAAAGGAUACAGCAGAAGGAACUCAAGUCCAAUGAGGACCAUGUGACCUACGUCACCAAAGUGGAGAAGUCCAUAGUGGGCAUGAAGACAGUGCUGUCAGCCCCCCAUCGCCGCCUGGUGUGCUGCAGCCGGCUCUUCGAGGUGACAGAUGUGAACAAGCUGCAGAAGCAGGCUGCCCAUCAGAGGGAGGUGUUUCUCUUCAACGACCUGCUGGUGAUCCUCAAACUCUGCCCCAAGAAGAAGAGCUCCUCAACUUACACUUUCUGCAAGUCAGUUGGCCUGUUGGGCAUGCAGUUCCAUCUAUUUGAGAACGAAUAUUAUUCUCACGGCAUCACCCUGGUGACCCCGCUGUUGGGCUCCGAGAGGAAGCAGGUGUUGCAUUUCUGUGCCCUGGGCUCGGAUGAGAUGCAGAAAUUUGUGGAGGACCUGAAGGAAUCCAUCGCGGAGGUGACCGAAUUGGAUCAGAUUCGGAUAGAAUGGGAGCUGGAGAAGCAGCAAGGAGCAAAGACACUCUCCUUCAAGUCUGGGGGACCCCCAGGAGACCCACAAUCUAAGCAGGGAUCGCCAACAGCCAAAAGGGAAGCAGCGCUGGGGGAGAAGCCUUCGGAGAGCACGGUGGAGGUGUCAAUUCACAACAGGCUUCAAACGGCCCAGCACAACCCCGGGCUGGGGGCCGACCAGGGUGCCCCGAAGCCGAAGUCGCUGCCAGACCUGCAGCCUAGCCCCUUGAGAGAGCAGCCCCCGCCACCUCGGCUGCCACCACCCACACCCCCAGGGACCCUGGUGCAGUGCCAGCAAAUCGUGAAGGUCAUUGUCUUGGACAAGCCCUGCUUGGCCCGCAUGGAGCCCCUGCUGAGCCAGGCCCUGUCCUGCUACGCCUCUUCGUCCUCCGACUCCUGCGGCUCCACCUCCCUGGGGGGCCAGGGCUCCCCAGUCAAGGUCAUCCACCAGCCACCAUUGCCCCCACCGCCCCCUCCCUACAACCACCCUCACCAGUUCUGCCCACCCGGCUCCCUGCUGCACCGCCGCCGCUACUCCAGCGGUUCUAGGAGCCUGGUGUAGACUGUACCCUGCCACGCUGCUAUCUUGGGGGGCCCCGUUGGUCUCUCCUCUGCUCCCCACACCCACUCCUGGGCCACAUGUCACCCCCGUUUUGGAAAGAGAACCCUAAGCCCUGAUGCCUGGGUCUGACUCUCCCCCCGACAAAGCUUUCCUUGCUGCCUUGAGCUCCCUCUCCCCAGAUCCUUGGGGAUGUGGGGUCCUAGACAGACAGAGAAAGCCCAGCUCUGGUCACUUGACCUCGGAUCAAAGGUGUUCUGACUCGCUGGGG